UUCCGCGGCAAUCAGGUCAAGUGCUUGUUGCUGCAAGUUAUUGCGAAGCUAGCCCCUCAUGAUGCCGAAGAGAAAAGUUGAUUCUGAAAACAGAGCCUUUAAAAACCGAUGGGAGGUUGAGUAUAUGUUUACUGACAUUGCCGGUAAGCCCGUUUGUCUCAUUUGUGGCGCUAAUGUGGCUGUAUUGAAAGAGUUUAAUCUAAGACGGCAUUAUGAAACAAAACAUCUGGAUAACCUGAAAGACCUGAAUGCAGAGCAGAAGAUACAGAAGGUAGAAGAGUUAAAGAAGAAGCUGACAUUCCAGCAGACGUUUUUCACCCGUGCAAAAUCACAAAGUGAAGCUGCUGUGAAAGCGAGUUUCAUCGUGGCAGAGGAGAUCGCCAAAGCAGGCCGGCCAUUCACAGAGGGAGAAUUUCUGAAGAGCUGCAUGGUCAAGGUGUGCGACAUCAUUUGUCCAGACAAAAAGCAGAUGCUGGCAAAUGUAAGCCUGAGUAGAAAUAUGGUUGCUGAUCGAGUUUGUGAGAUGGCCACUGAUUUAAGAACACAGUUGAGUAAAAGAAGCAAAGACUUUAUUGCAUACUCUCUUGCUGUGGAUGAAAGUACUGACAUGACUGACAUUGCAGAGCUAGCCAUCUUCAUCCGUGGGGUGGACUCCGAUUUGCGUGUUACUGAGGAAAUAUUGGACAUUAAACCGAUGCACGGGACAACGACCGGAAAGGACAUUUUUGAAAACGUAUGUCAAAGUGUAACCGACAUGAAACUGCCCUGGGAGAAACUUAUUGGUCUUACAACUGAUGGAGCACCGGCUAUGUGCGGUGAGAAAAGUGGACUAGUAGGAAGGAUGCGAGAAAAGAUGCAGGAGGAGAACUGUACUGGUGAGUUAACAACAUACCACUGCAUCAUACACCAGGAAGCACUGUGUGGCAAAGUCCUGAAGAUGGACCAUGUAAUGAGCACUGUAACGCAAACCGUAAACUUUAUCCGAAGGAGAGGUUUAAAUCACCGGCAAUUUCAGUCCUUUAUGCGGAGUAUAGAUUCAGAGUUUGCCGACAUUCCUUAUCAUACAGAGGUGCGUUGGCUAAGUCGGGGGAGAGUUCUCAACAGAGUUUUUGAGCUCAGCAACGAAAUCUGUCAGUUCAUGGACAGUAAAGGCAAAGACUCCACCGUUUUACGGGAUGAAAAGUGGAAAUGUGAGUUGGCGUUUCUAGCUGACAUAACCGCACAUCUCAAUGCCUUAAACCUCCAGCUCCAGGGACGUGACCGCAUGAUCACUGACAUGUAUGACGCAGUGAAGGCAUUUCAAGUGAAGCUGAUUUUAUGGGAGACACAAAUGCUUCAGUGCAACUUGUCCCACUUUCCCUGUUGCCAAGUAAUGCUGAACCAAGUCGGCACAACGGUGUUCCCAAAUACGCACUUUGCUGUUAAACUGAGCGCACUGCGCACGGAGUUCGCACGGCGCUUUGGUGAUUUUGAGGAACAAAAGAAGAAUUUCGAGUUGUUUCGCAACCCAUUUGCCGUCGACGUGGAAUCUGCACCUGUUCAGAUUCAGAUGGAGCUGAUUGAGCUGCAGUGUAAUGGGACGCUAAAGUCAAAGUACGACACUGCAGGGCCCACAGAGUUUAUUCACUCCAUUCCCGCAGCAAUGUCCCAACUCCGUCUACAUGUGGCUCGAACCUUGUGCUUGUUUGGUAGCACAUAUCUGUGUGAGAAGCUGUUCUCAGUGAUGAAGACAAACAAAACAGCACACAGGAGUCGUCUCACUGAUGAGCACCUUCAGUCCAUCCUGAGAGUCUCCACAACACGGGACCUCACACCAAACAUAAACCAACUUGUUGCCAAAAAAAGAUGCCAAUCAUCCGGCUCAAAUAAAAUGGCAUAA